UUAGUUCUGUGAGCUUUAACUUGACAACUUGAAUGGCUCCUCGCGCAUAUAUUGGAAGUUCUUCUGUUGUCCCAGUGCAGUACAUUUGUGUUGUAACACACCAUGUACUUUGAUAUCUGAUGGAUAAUGAGAGCAACAUCUUUUCAGAACCAAGGACAGCUCUCAGCAGUCAAUAUGAUCUCGACACUGACGAAGGAUCGCGUGCAGGCACUCAUGACUAGUUUGACAUCUGAAGUGAUGGACGUGCGCUUUCUUAACAAGAUGCACGAUACCACUACACAUUUGCCGACGCCAAGUUUUAUGGAUAACGAGACCAGAUGCGGAGAGCCGAUUUUGAGUUACGGACAUGUUGAAAAAGUGCUCAUCGGAGGGGUUCUGACCUUGCUUACCUUUUUAACAAUCUGUGGGAAUUUGCUGGUGGUAAUAUCAGUGUGUUUUGUAAAGAAACUGAAGCAACCUUCUAAUUACUUAAUCGUUUCUCUGGCCGUUGCAGACCUGUCGGUUGCGGUGGUCGUAAUGCCGUUUGUCAGCAUCACUGAUCUCAUAGGAGGACAGUGGAUCUUCGGUCGUGUUUUCUGUAAUGUUUUUAUCGCCAUGGACGUGAUGUGCUGCACCGCUUCAAUAAUGACACUAUGUGUCAUAAGCAUAGACAGGUACCUGGGAAUCACUAAGCCAUUGACGUAUCCUGUGAGACAGAGUGGAAAGUGCAUGGCCAAAAUAGUGCUGUCUGUAUGGCUUCUCUCUGCUUCCAUCACCCUGCCCCCACUGUUUGGAUGGGCUCAGAAUGUCAACGAUGACAAUGUGUGUCUGAUCAGCCAGGACCUGGGCUACACUAUAUACUCCACUGCCGUGGCCUUCUACAUCCCCAUGUCUGUGAUGCUCAUUAUGUACUACCGGAUAUACAGAGUGGCAAAGGUGAGUGUUGCCAAACACACAAUCGCUGGCUUUCCCAAAGCCGAAGAUGAGGAAAGUGUGAACUGUGUGACUGCGGUCCUAAAGCUGCAGAGGGAGGUGGAGGUGUGUGUGAGCUUUUCUCGCCUUUUCAAAAAUGACCGUAAAAACAUCUCCAUUUUCAAAAGAGAGCAGAAGGCAGCGGCCACCCUCGGGAUUGUUGUGGGUGCUUUUGCAAUAUGCUGGCUGCCUUUCUUCCUGCUUUCUACGGCGCGGCCGUUCAUCUGUGGAGUGCAGUGUAGCUGCGUGCCUUUGUGGGUGGAGAGGACGCUGCUUUGGCUGGGUUAUGCCAACUCGCUCAUCAACCCUUUCAUUUAUGCAUUCUUCAACAGAGACCUCAGGACCACCUACCACAACCUCAUCCGCUGCCGGUAUCGCAACAUCAACCGCAAGCUAUCAGCAGCCAGCAUGCAUGAGGCUUUGAAACUAGCUGAAAGACCUGACCUGGUGUAGGCUGUCCGUACUCUUCACGUCUCUCUAGGGACUCAUGCAGUCACAUGCAGACUGAGAGACGUUUUUAAUGAAUUCUUUAUUGCUCUCACAGAAGAGCUUUCAGUCACUUCAAUUAAGUCAAAUUGCAAUGACUUCAAUUAAGUGAAAUUGGAAUGGUUGUAAAGCUUCAUGAAAUGUUUUAUAAAAGGCUUUAUAAAUUAGAACAUAUUGCUUGAUUAAUGAGCAAAAUAGUAAUCAAAAUCAAAGAGCGAUGAAUACACCAGUAUCAUGUUUGUAUUUCAUAUAGUAUUAUUUGAUGUUUAUUUCUGUGCUUAUAUUAUAGGCUAUAUAAUAUAAGCACGGCAUAGAAGUAAUUUUUUUUUUUUUUUUUUUUUUUGUCAUUGAUUAUGGUAAAAAGGAUAGUUUACCCAUAAACUUAAAUUCUAAACUUAGACCUAUAUGACUGUCACACUGGACCCUGCUGUUUUCCAUCAUAUGGACAUAAAAAAAUCUAAAGCUGACAGCUUUGGAACAACAUGAGGGUGAGUAAAUGAUGAUAGAAUUUUCUUUUUGGGGUGAACCAUCUCUUUAAGUACCUGAGGACAAAUGUAUAAAGCAUAAUAGAACACGAGAACAAAGUAUGCAGUGUACGAGCAACCAUACAGAUGUUUUCACCACUCCACUUCACUGCAUUCCGUCCCUUCUGCCCUCCAAAUCCUCAUCAGUGCUUGCCACUAAUAAUGUGACCGCAAGCUGAGCGUGUCACACCAAUAGUCAUAUUAUUAGAAGCAAGGUGUUUAUUUUCUUCUAGCUGUGAAAUGACAGGGGUGGGCAGGUGCCUUUAAUUUCUGUCAGCAUGCUUGGCCAACAGAUGAUAAACAACACAUCAACAUGCAGUAAGUGGCUCUGUGACAACGUUCUUGGAUAUUAAACGUCUAUGCAUAUAAAGUUACAAUUAAUAUUGUAAAAAGAAAUAGUUAACAUGAAUGAUGAUUAGAGAUUAAAAUAGGUUGUUAAAAGUCAUGUGUUAACAAAAAUAAUAAUAAGAAGAAGAAUUGCUAAAUGAAAUAUUAAAAUUAAAAAUGUUGAAAUUCAAAAUAUUUUUUAAAGAAACUAUUACAAAAGAAAAAAUAUAUAUUAAAAAAGACAUAAAUAUACAAAGGUAAAUGCAUCGUAUAAAACCAAAAAUAGCACCAAUGUUAAAGUUGCAUUUAAUGGCCAAUAAGCAGUAAGUAUAUUAUGCAAUAUAUAAUGUAAUAUAAAAAUAUAAUAGGUGAAAAGUAGAUUCACAUAAAGGGAACUGUAGUUGACUGCAAAGCUAAUUUAAAUGUAAAAUGAAGAAAAUAACAUAGGCAAAUAAAGUUAACAUGAACAGAUACAAUAAAAAAACAUGAAUACUGACCAAUAAUCAAUAUUGUCCCUAUGCAUUCCUACUUAAAACAAAGUAACAGGCCUGAAAGAGAAAAGGUGUAUAAUUAAGAUGCUUAGGGCACCAAACAAACUGCUGUGGUAAAUUGAUUUUAUAUGAUUAAACUUGUGAUUGCUUUAGUAUUUGGACAUGAAACAAAGUCCACAUUAUGCUUUUAUUAUUGGCCUGAUUUCCAUAAUCUAAGGAUUUAAAAGUUAUGCUUUGCAAGCCACCCUAUUGAGGCCACAUAUUGUCUUUUGUUCUAUAAACUGAAUGGGAAAUAAAUGGAUAUGUCAUCAGCAGAACAUGUCAAGCGUCUAAGACUAAAAAGCAAAAGAAAAGAAAAGCAAGAAAAUGUUUUUCCAAGUGUUUCAGAGAACCUAUACCAGUCAAGAGGUUUUGUUCUCAUGUUAUACCUGAACUGAACAUGAAUGACCAAUGGCUGUUCUUUAAAUUGUACCUCUUUCUGAAUGCUGUGACACGCUUUCCCGCUGAGUCUUUCAGUCUUGUUUUUCCAUCUGUGGCAGCACAGCAUGAAGGCUGGUUCCUGUCCAUUUCCUAGGGGGCGAUCUGGAAUCAAUGUGCCUGCAAAUAUAUUCACAUUCAGACUUCAAUGUGUAAUGGAAUAGCAGUGUACUUUAUUCACAGAGGACAUCUGUCAGUUUAAUAUUGUAAAUUAUGAGGUUAAAGACUGUACUCUUGUAGUUUAAUUCUAGACAUGUAUAGCAUCUUUUUAAAAAUGGUAACUUUAACACUACCAGUCAUCAAAUGAACUUUGAUCAGUUUAUUGCUACUCAUGCCACUGUUUUAAUUGUUCUCCAUGCAGUCUGACUAAUAUAAUAUGAAUUUCUGAAAAAUAACUUGAUGUUCAUUUAUUCAUCCUUGUAAGAUAUUUAAGAAAAGUAUGUAAUAUAUUUAAGAAAAUCUCCCAUUGAUGUUGAUUGAUUCAGUUAAUUCACAUUUUUACUGACAGUGUUGGCACCUUUGUGGUACUUGCAUACUCAAUUACAGUUGGUCUUCUUUCUUUCAUAGUGUCCUGAAUGUCAUGGCAACAGCUGAAUAAAAAUGACUUUGUAAUUACUAAUUGCAGAACCUUA